AUGUCAAUCACCGCCUCUCCCAGUCUUUCCUUACUCAAUUUGGAAGACCCCCACCCUGUUCCACACUUACGUGCCUCUUCUUACCCACCACGUUCUCACCCCGUUCAUUCCACCCGACCACCUUCCCCAGUCCAACUCCGCGAUCAGACUAACCCUUGGGUAACGGCACUACAACAUCCCAGACCUCAAAGACAUGUGGUCAUGACGGACAGUAUCAGUUCUAUUCAGAGUGGUUGGGGAAUACGUAGUGUUGAACAAGCUCGACAACCGGAAUGGGAACCUCCGGAACGUUUUGCAGAAGUUGUAGUAGGUUCUCACAUGACCUCGGGAGGUUUGGAAGGUUCGGGAGGUGCGGGAGGUUUGGGAGGUGCGGGAGGUUUGGGAUUAACUGGAGGUGUAGGAAAGGGGAAAGAUAUAUACAAGGAGAAGAAGAAGGAUAUCAAGAGGGAUGAGAGGGAUGAGAAUGGGAGUUUAGUGGUAGAGAUAUGGGCGAGGGUUAUGGAUAGUAGUAAAGGUAGAGAUAAAGUUUUGAAAUGCCUACAAUAUUCACUCCGUACCUACCUAUACAUCCUAGGUCUGAUAGCUACCAUCCGUCCACUCAGACCGUGGUUCAAAUCUCAUUCCAAACGAUUGAGAAUAGCAGUUUCAGGAUUGUCUCUCACUAGAAAAUGUCUUCUCCUUCUUAACCCCCUUCAUCCCAUAGCCGACCUUCUUUCCCAUCAACCUAUGUCCCCAAGAGAUAUGUUUCUACACCUCUUCGAUCUUGUCUCUGCUUUAUCAGACGACGUGUAUUGUUUAUCUAGAUUAGGAUUGGUCAAUAAACGUAAAGGCAAAGUAGCCGACAGAUGGGCAAAGUGA